AUGUUCGGGUCCGGCGUCCGUUGUCCGUUGGAAUUUCUGAUUUCUUGUUCAGGCAGUCUUAUGACGCCGAGCAGCAUUCUCAUCUUUGGAGCGACGGGCAAGACAGGGCUUCACAUUACCGAGUGGAUCCUCCAAGCCAGUCCGCGCUUCUCCAGGAUUUCCAUUUUCACGUCCCCCAGCACUGCAGCCGCCAAGGGGGAGCUCUUGUCCAAGUGGAAAACCGCCGGCGCGUCCAUCAUCGUCGGGGACCUUACAAACCCGCAAGACGUAGCGGAUGCCUAUAGGGGCGUCGAUACAGUCGUGUCGGCCGUUGGGCGCAGCGUACUCCAGAAGCAGAUCCUGUUAAUACGGCUGGCGGAAGAGAGCAACAGCGUGCAGUGGUUCUUCCCGUCCGAGUACGGGACCGACGUUGAGCAUGGGCCCAAGAGCGCAGGAGAGAGGCCGCACCAGGACAAGCUCGCCGUGAGAAAAUUUAUAAGGGACGAGAUCAGGCGCCUUCAUGUGAUAUACCUGGUCACUGGGCCGUUUUUUGAAAUGUGGGCCAAGUUCCUCCACGACCAAAGCAGAAAGGAAGCUCAAGUCAUUGGUGAUGGAGAGGGCAAGAUUGGGUUCUGCACUAUGCCCGAUGUCGGCAAGUUUUUAAUAGCAGCCUUGCAAAACCCUCCAGCUUUGACACCUAAAGCACUCAGGGUGCAAUCGUUUAUCACGACGCCCAAUCGAGUGCUCCAGGAAUAUGAGAAGCAGACUCAGACGAAGUGGAAUAUUACACCGGUGCCAUUAGCCGAGUUCUGCGCUAUGGAGGAGAAAAUGUGGGAGAAGAAAAAUCCAAUUGCCACGCCCAUGACUCUGCUGAGGAUUUGGGCUGAAGGUGGCACGCUCUAUGACAGGAAUGACAACGAGCUGGUUGGGUUAGAAGCAAAGGACCUGGACUCGGUGGAGGUUGCAGUAACAAGGGCCCUAACAGCCGAACUUAACGCUCCCCAAGAUGUCAUAACCUGCAAGAAAUCCUCCAUCUGGGCCGUGGGCGCCGCGAUCCGCUCAAUCCUAGGAAGCAACGCCAGCACCGCAGCCGCGACCACCGACUGCAUUCCAAUGACCGAGGCCGCGUUCGCCACCAUCUCCUCCAUCUUCACCCUCGGUGGUCUGGUGGGUGCGCUCGCCUCCGGGCCCCUCUGCAGCCGCCAAGGGCGCCGACUCGCGAUGCAAUACACGGCUAUGGCGUUCCUGGUCGCCUCCGUUAUCGAGGCCGCAGCCAACAGCGUCUUCAUCAUGGCGCUCGGGAGGCUGAUCAACGGCCUGGGUGCUGGCGCAUCCACUGUGAUCGUCCCCUUGUACAUUUCUGAGGUGGCACCGCCGUCCAAGCGGGGUUUCUUUGGCGCGUUCACGCAGAUUGGCACUAAUAUCGGCAUCUUGAGCACACAAACUCUCGGAUAUUUCCUGUCGCACGGCUCUUCCUGGAGGUGGAUUAUGGGUGCAGGCGCCAUCGUUGCCGGCAGCCACGGUGCGGGUCUUUUCUUUGUCCCGGAGAGCCCCCCUUGGCUGGCUGCGCAUAAGGGCGAGGUCAACAAAGCACGGGCUACUCUGCAGCGGAUCCGUGGCAACGGCAUCAGCAUUGAAGAGGAGGUCGCAACUUGGGGCUCCCACACGGACAAUGACGACGUCAUUGUCAACGAGACUCAGGGCCUCCUAGGCACCGCAAACGACGCUGAGACUGCCCUACCGUCGUCGCAUGCUAUCAAGUCUAGCCCGCCGGUGCAUAUGGGCUUCGUUCAGGUUAUCAGGGAUCCCUUUUACCGCCCGGCAAUCGUAUCGGUCGUAGGAAUCAUGGUCUCCCAGCAGAUCUGCGGCAUCAACAGCAUCAUUAUGUACAGCGUGUCGCUACUAGAUGGCAUGCUUCCGGUCAACUCGGCUCUGAUCACCAUCUUCAUCUCGAUUAUCAACCUCUUCACGACUGUUGCAUGCUCGCCGCUGCCCGACCGACUGGGCCGCAAGACCUGCCUGCUCCUCUCGAUUGCAGGACAAGGAGGCAGCUCUCUUGGCCUCGCACUCAGCAUCCUCUUCGGCGCCAAGACGCUCUCUGCCGUGUUUGUGCUUCUCUUCGUCGCCAGCUUCGCCGUCGGCUUAGGCCCUGUCCCGUUCAUCAUGGCCAGUGAGCUGGUUGGACAGGAAGCUGUGGGGGCGGUCCAGAGCUGGAGUUUGGCUGCCAACUACGUGGCAACGUUCCUCGUGGCGCAGUUCUUCCCCAUCAUCAACACGGCCCUGAACCAGGCUUUUGGUGGUGCGGGAUAUGCCUUUUUCAUGUUUGCCGCCUUUGCCGCUAUGUGCUUUGCCUUUAUCUCCGUCAAUGUGCCCGAGACACUCGGCAAGAAGGAUGCCGACGAGGUAUGGGGUAGGACUGCGACGGAUAGGCGGAUCGACUGA